AUGGAGAACGAGGCCAAUGUUGCAUUCAAUCAGUACACCAACCACUUGGCGGAAGCAUCAAAACAUCGUCGGCUUGCACAAUGGGAAGACGCCUUUCGAGAGCUUAAAUCUGCCGAGAAUUUCGUCGACCAAUGGAGGCAGAGGGUUCUCUACGAACUGGGCGCAGUCGAACGGCGUCUGGGCCGAGUCAAGAACGCGACAAGUUACCUCGAACAAGCCCUGGCUAUUACCAGGGUGGACGAGCUGCAGCGCAUUCACAUUCUCGGCGAGUUGGCCAUUGUGUACCAACAUGCACAGCCGGUGGAAGCCUCCAAGGCCCUGAACGCUGCCAAGGACCAGUACGAGGACGCCAAAGAUCUUGCCAAGGUGGAGUGGCAGAGCUAUCAUGAUCACGGUCUGCUGAAGCAUAAGCACCGAGCACUGCAAGCAGAUGCCCAAGCUUGCCGUGCCAUUGGCAAUGUUGGGUUGAUCAACUACCUCCGAUCACUGGAUGAUGGCAACACGGAUUUACUGCACGAGUCCAUACUCCAGGUCGAGGAGCGCGUGCAAAGAGCCCAGACCCUACAGGCAGUAUUACGACAGGACCCGAGCACCGAGGAUUCAGAUUAUGACUUUCAUGCAUCGCUAAUACAGCAGGCACAUACUUGGGAAUCUAUUGGUUACGAUCGUCUGACACUUGCUCGCGUGACGAAUAACGAGCUGGAGGAAGCUUUGAGAUGCGGCGAGAAAUCGCAGGCCUUGACGCAGCACUCUCAUGAUUCCACCGUCCGGGGCCUAUCGCGCUUCUUCUACGGCUAUGCACUCCUCAAGAAUCGAAAGAUGGACCUGGCUAAAAAGUGUCUGGGAUUUCGAGAUGAUCACCUGGAUACUUGCACAAGCAUUGUUGCCUUGUGCAGGGAACCUCUCGAGCAUUACCCAAAGUAUCUGGAAGAGAUUACGAUUAAAGAAUUAGGUUUGAACAUGGAACAGUACGAUGAACAUGGUUACAAUGCUCUCGAUUAUACCGUUUUUCAAGAAUCCGCCGAGAUGAAGCGGGUUGUGCUUCAAAGACUCCGGGAAGGCAACUACAAUGAGGCGGAAAAGGACGAGUCAAGGCGUGCUGAAACAAUCAAGAGGCUGGAAGAAGAGUCUGUCCUCAAGAAGCACUAUCGAGAGGUUUUCCAAGAAUGUUUAAGACCAAAUCUGAUGAAGGGUGGCAGAGACGUGGUGCAAAAAGUCCGCGAUAGCUACGCCGAUAUACUAAAGAAUGACGAGGCCAAAAUGGCCAGUUUUGAUCAGCUGCGGGUGGUGCCCUACUCGGACUUUAUCGCCCAUGGACGACUUCCGCUCUUCACUGACGGAAUCACACGGGAAUACUCGAGUAUCCGCGCCGCUAAAAGUGAGAAGACCACCAAGGAUUGUGUCGUCUUCUUUUCUUACAGAUGGAGACUGCCCCUUGAAAGUCGUCCGGAUGACGCUGUCGAGACACGGUACGGAGAGGGCACCCAGUAUGGCAGAAUGUGUAAUUCUCUCGAGUCGCUGCUCGAGAUAUCCAACAGAGACUGCUGGGAUGGUAGUGGUGGCCUUGAUGGCAGAAAUCUAUACAUAUGGUUGGACUGUGCUUGCAUCAACCAAGAAAAUGCAGAUCCGGGCAUUAAAGCACUUCCCAUCAUUACGACCCAAUGCGACGUGAUGAUUACCCUCAACGAACCGGGUUUCUUCGAGAGAGGUUGGUGUGCCGUUGAAGCAGCUCUCGAACAAACCAUCAAACAGUCAUUCGGGGUGCACAAGUGGUAUGAGCAUAACUUUGCUGAGAAUCGUUUGCAAGAGUUUAGUCGACCGAUUGUCGAGGAUAUUUCCCGGUUGCACGUCACGCGUGCAGAGGACAGACCCGCGAUAGAAUUUCUUUUCCGGCAGAGAAAGUUCCUAGGUAAUGGAGCAAAGUAA